AUGGAUGCACGAAUAGAAUGCAUAUUCUUUAGUGAGUUUCAUCCGACUUUGGGUCCCAAAAUUACAUAUCAGGUUCCGGAAGAAUACAUUUCACGGGAGCUCUUCGACACUGUUCAAGUUUACAUUAUUACCAAACAGGAGCUGCAGAACAAAUUAAUAACAGUCACUGCGAUGGGUAAAAAGUUAAUAGGAUGUCCGGUGUGCAUCGAGCACAAGAAAUACAGCCGCAACGCCCUAUUGUUUAAUUUGGGGUUUGUUUGUGAUUCCCAAACCAAUACGUGUGCCCUUGAGCCAAUUGUAAAGAAGCUUUCUGGAUAUCUCACCACGCUUGAGCUGGAAAGUGGAUUCAUAUCCAAUGAGGAGAGCAAACAGAAACUUCUACCUAUCAUGUCAACCUUGUUGGAAGAACUAAACGCGACGGGCGCCUGCACCUUACCCAUAGAUAAAUCCAACACCAUUCACUUAAAGCUAAUCCCUCUACGUAAGGAUCCGCCGGUGGUCCAGGAGUACGACGUUCCAGUGUUCAUCCAAAACAAAGACCACUUUAUUAAGUCUCAGUGGGAUCUCACCACUCAGCAGAUUUUGCCUUACAUCGACGGUUUCCGACAUGUGCAAAAAAUCUCUGCCGAAGCCGACGUGGAAUUGAACAUAGUUCGCAUUGCUGUGCAGAAUCUGCUGUAUUAUGACAUCGUGACCUUGGUGUCCAUAUUCCAGUACUCCAGUGUGUAUUGUACCACCCCCAAAGUGCAGAGCCUGAUCGAUGACAAACUAAUACAGGAAGAGUGUCUUAACUAUGUCACCAAGCAAGGUCAGAAGCUCCCGAGUGUAAGAGAUGUGUUCCAGCUGUACUGUGGGUUGAGUCCGGGAACCACUGUCCGGGACCUUUGUUCCCGCUACUCACAGCAACUACAAAGGGUUGAUGAGAGGAAACUGAUUCAGUUUGGCCUGAUGAAGUCUCUCAUCCGACGACUGCAGAAGUACCCUGUCAAGGUGGUGCAUGAUGAGAAGAGCAAACUGCCUCGCUUCUACACUGGAUUUCACAGCUAUGAUGAGAUCUGCUGCAAAACAGGGCUCAGCUACAAGGAGCUAGACGAACGUUUGGAAAACGACCCCAAUGUUGUUGUGUGCUGGAAGUGA